AGAUAUAAGUAGUAUGUAUCAUCAAUCAGAAGUGAAAUGCUUGGAAGCAGAAGGUUAAGAAGAUGGAAAAGUAAAGAACGAGAACAAAGAAUGAUUGUUGUGGAAAUGAAGGAACAUUAUAGUUUGAGACGAUUGAAUGACAUUUUGUAUAUGAAUUAUUUACUGUAUUGUUCUCAGAUUUUAUUAAGAGAUUAUGUGAUUUUAUGUUGAAAUACAUUCCACUAGUCCACACUUGUGUUCUCGUGUACUACAGUACUACAAUUUGUUAAAACAUUCUCACUACUAUAUUUUCUUACUGGCUUAUACCUUCACAAGUUGAAUACUUCCUUGUAGGAUGUUUAUAUGGUGAAAUAAUAAAAUAUUAAUUUUAAUCGUUGUGAUCAUGAGUCAAUUAAAGGUAGAUCACCAUGGAAAACAUGGAAACACUGGACAGUCGUUUCGACCUAUUGUGGGAUUCUUCAGCAGUACACAUACACAAUCCCGCCUCGCAAGAUUCGAACCCAGCACCGAUCAGUCUAUAUCAAUGAAUAUCAAUAUGAAAUAAUCAAAUCCUAAAAAAUAAUACUCUAUUCCUUUUUAUAUCUUUGAAAUAUCUUUAAACUGUUUCUAUUGUUCACAUUAUUAACUACCAUAUGAUAACAAAUGAUCAAUUAAGAUACUUUGUCUAUCAUACUACCUUGCUUAUUCCGUAUAAUCAGAUGAUUUGUAUCCUUUCCAAAGUUCUCUUAUAUAUCUAAUGUACUUGUUAAGUACUUUUCAACAUAAAUCCCUAUCACCCCCAUUCAAUAAACAAUCCCUUAGAAACAAAACAAUAAUAAAGUACAAAAUUCAUUCUUUGCAUAUAUAAGCUAAAAGGAAAACACAACACCAUGAUUACAUCAUCUUGUAACCAACUUAUUGUUUAAUCAAAGUGUUCAUUAAAAGUGUCAUGGAUACUUUAUAUCAUCAAUUGAAUGAUUUAAAAUGUUUAUCAAUCGAUGAUUAUUUAAAACGAAAUCAAGUAUCUAAUCAAUUAAAUAUUAUUAUAACAACACCGGAAUUAAUGAUUUUAUUAAGACGAUUAUCUUAUAAAUUUGGUAUUAUUAAAACAGCAAAUUAUUUGAUAGAUAAUAUAAAAAAUAAUCCAUCGAAGUUGAACUUUGCGGAUUUAAUAUCUCAAGGUCAUUGCUUAUUAAAACAAUUACAAGAUCAAUUUUCAAUUGCCAAUAUAACAAAAAUAACAGAGAACAAUACUAUUCAAUUUGAAUUAUAUAAAAUUUAUGAAAAAUUGAAUUUAUUUGAACAAAAAUUAGAACCAUUUUAUGAAGUAGCAUGUCAACAAAUAGAAAUGACAAAUAAUCAAUUGAAUGUUACAGAUAGAUUAAUUGGUUAUAGAAAUAAUUUAAAUUGUAUCAGUUCUACUAAAUAUACACAAGUAGAUCAACCUGAUUUUAGUCAAGAGAAAAGACCUUGUAUUGCUCCACGAUUUAAUAUUCCCAAUUACAAUCAAAUAACUUGUGAUGCUGCAGAUCAACCAAAUAGAAGCUGUGAAACAAAGCAGAAUGAAGUUAAAUGGCCAUCAACGAUUCAGGAACAAGCAGGAAUAUGUAUCAAGUAUCCUGGUGAGUCAGAAACUCGUUCGACAUUCACAAAACCAAGUCAUUGUGUAUCAGACGUUUUAACAAAUCAUGGUCAACUACGUGUAUGUAAACCAGGCUAUCAAAUUAAUCCACAUUCAGAAAUUAAAGUAGAUGGAUAUGGUCCUAUCAAACAGUAUGAAUUGAAUAAAAUGGAACAAUCAGAGUAUGCACAAAGAUAUACUUGGCCAGAUGGCAAAACGAUACAUACAAAUCCAUGGAACAGAUUACGAGAAGCUAGUCAAUUGUAUGGUGUUAAAUGAUUCUGAUAAUUCGGUUGCCUUCAUAAAACUAAGCAUUGUAACAUUUCUAAUUAGUUUAUUUAGUUAAACAAAUCAUUCAGUAAAUGAAUC